AUGGGAGCGUUUCGGGGCUGGGCGUUGUCGGUGUCGUCACGCCGCAGUGCCUGUGUGCUGGCGGAGCCGCUGGCCUUUGGUGUGGCGCUUCAAGGGCGACGCUUUGGCGCACACUGCGUACCACGUUUUGGGCGUCGUGGGGGCACUGUGCGAAAUAGACAGCACACGCAACCGAGGCGGAGGUGUCGGCGUAACGAGCGUCUGCCGAAGGUCUGUUGUCUCUUGACGAGGAAUCGGAAGCGCUGUGGCGACUUGCCGGUGAAAAGCGCCGCUACGUGCCGCACGAGAGCGCUUCGGCUAGAACUGUUGCUUCGUAUGUUUCAGCGAGCACUAGCCGCAGCAGCGGCGAUGGCAACUUUGGUGUUUCUACGUGACCUAGGCCUGGUGCUUGCUCCAGUGUGGGCUGCAGUGAGCACCAGUACGCUGCCGCUGGUUGCUUCUAAUAACUUGGUGCUGGAGUUCCCGGCACGUUCGGCACUUGCGGCAUCGCAGCUGCCGUAUCACGAGUUGCGAAAAAAGGCUCUAGCAUGGGUUUUGCUCUUCGCGUCGUCGUCGGCACUGGCUGCGGCGGAGACCGCAAUCACUGCACUCUAUCCGUGGAAGGUUCGCGACCUUGCCGAGUCUGAAGGCAGCAACUCGCCAUUCGGACGCCUAAACCAAGAUAUCACUCGGUAUCUGACGACGAUUCUCGUUGCAAGCACGAUCUGCGGCGUGUAUUCGACUGCGCUCGCCACCGAAAUGGCAACACGCAUCUUCGGAUCCGUCGGGGUUGGCUAUGCCACAGGUGUGAUGACGGUGGUGUUUCUGUUUUUUGGUGAAAUCCUACCGAAAACAUUAGCAGUGCAUAACAGCGAAAAAGUAGCGCGCUUUAUGCUGCGUCCGCUGCAUCUGCUCUCGCUGCUCCUUUACCCUGUUGGAAAAGCGUUCUCCUUUCUUGUGAAUCUGACGCUAACAGCAUCAGGUCUAGAGCACUCGUCAGAACCGCUGGUCUCAGAGAAUGAGCUGCGUCUGAUCACCGCUGGUGCCCGCCGCUCGGGCGGAAUCAACAUUCACGAGCAGGACAUGAUCGAAUCAGUCCUUGAUUUGGAAGAGACCGAAGUGCGCGAAAUCAUGAAGCCGCGCGUCGAAAUGACCUGUAUCAGUUGCGAAAGUACGCUUGAAGAGUUCCUUGCGCUCGAGAAAACAACACACUACUCUCGAUAUCCCGUCUUUAAGGAGAAUGUCGACGACAUCAUCGGGAUUCUGUAUGUGAAGCGCUUACUGGAGUUUCUCGGCAGCGAGGACGGUCACUUGCGCAACACCCGCAUUGGCAGACUUGCAGAACCAGCGAUGUUUGUUCCGGAGAGCCUUCCGGUUUGGCGAGUUCUGGAAGAGAUGCGCCGCAAACGCAUCCAUAUGGCAAUCGUUGUUGACGAGUACGGUGGCACCGCCGGCCUCGUGACACUGGAGGAUAUCAUGGAGGAGAUCGUCGGUGAGAUUUACGACGAGGACGACAGCGACUACGAAGAGGAGGGUCAAGAGAUCGUGCGCAUCGACGAGAACACCUGGGUCAUGGAUGGCCAAGCGCGACUCGAACGCGUUGCGGAGACCAUAGGUAUGGAAGUGUCGGAAGACGACCUCCACGAGUAUGGUACCAUUGGCGGCUUUCUCUGUGAUCGUAUGGACGGCAUACCGGAUCCUGGGGAUAGCGCCGUCAUCGAUGCUUUUCAGUUCUCCGUCGAUGAUGCUGACGAUCGACGUAUUCUACGAGUACGUGCUCGCCGUUUCACCGCAGCUCCAACGCAGACAGACGCACCCGAUGUGGAGGAUCCCGUCCAAACGGACAUAGCUUCGAAAAGCGAUCGCGCUCAUCGGAUGUCGACUGAGCAAGACGGUAGCGCGUCCUCGAAUCGUUCGGAUGGUCUCUCGGCGGACGCGGCGGGUCUAGACCCAGGAACAAAAACGAAUCUGCAAGGGAAUUCGUUGCGAAAGCUGCUUCCUUCGACCUCAACACGCACUGAGGCUCAAGCCAAUUCCUGA